AUGACUGCAAGCCACGAGAACACCAAACGCAAAGGGCCGUACAGAUUGGUGACAGUCAACAAGGCCCCAGAGCGCGCCAAGCGGCUUAUCGGACGCUUAAUCGAAGCCCUUGCUGCCGACUACGACAUCACCCACGUGUGCAACUGCUCAACCAUCGAGGAAGUCGUCGCCAGGGUUGAAAUGCACAGACCAAAUGUACUGUUUUCGGCGUCGAUGUGGACUCCUAAAGAGGCAGAGACGAUUCACUCACUCGCUCGCUCUAUCGUACCCGAUAUUAAAUUACAUGCGAUUCCUACCGGUCUGCAGGUGGAAAAAGGACCGGAUGCCAUUGUGGCAUACUUGGUUGAAAAGGUUCCUCCGCUGCUUGAUUCAUGA